UUUCUCUCUCUCUCUCUUCCCCCGAAUGCGCAAUUACCCUUUUCCCUGCAGUUCAUUUUAACGGGGAAACCCCCUCUCCCGUUCACUCUCCCGCGCUGCCUCCGGCGUCCUCUGUUCUCUCCGGCACUCGCAGGAGCGGCCUCAUUUGGAGAUUAGCUAUUUUACCAGUUUGCCUGGAAGAAUACCUGAUUCCUUCCUACAUUUUACUUUAUAGUCGGUGCAGUUGGUUGGUUGGGUGAGAGAGAGAGAGAGAGAGAGAGAGAGAGAGAGAGAGAGAGAGGUAUGAGCAAGUAUCGAGGUGGUGGCAUUGGUGGUAGUAGCCAUUCAAGUGACAACAUCAAUGCGGUCUUCUAUGCUGAUACCUACCAUCCCAUCCAGACAGGGAGCAUUGACGGCACAGACAUCCUCCCUCAUGACAAUGCAACAUACAGGGCCCUCCUUUGUUCUUCUGCAGGCCUAUAUGACCCAAAUGGGGACCCAAAGAUUAUUGGUGAUCCCUACUGCACUACUUUUGUUGGCAAUGAGCAGGUAUGGGCGGGUGAAGAAUCUUCGCUUGGUUAGGCACAUUGUGACUGGUGCUUCACGUGGUUAUGCAUUUGUUGAGUAUGAGACAGAGCGGGAAAUGCGGCAUGCAUAUGAGGAUGCCCACCAUACCAUCAUUGAUGACAGUGAAAUAAUUGUAGAUUAUAAUAGACAGCAGCUCAUGCCUGGAUGGAUUCCUCGAAGAUUAGGAGGUGGCCUUGGUGGCAGAAAGGAGUCUGGCCAGCUUCGGUUCGGAGGGCGUGAAAGGCCAUUCCGUGCUCCACUGCGUCCAAUUCCACGGGAUGAUCUAAAGAGACUGGGCAUUCCCUUGCCCCCAGAAGGGCACUAUAUGUCACGCUUUCAGAUUCCUCCAUUACCUAGACGGAGAAGUCCAGUCAAGGUUCACAAAUCUGCCGUGAGUGAUGUGGGUGGGAAAACAACGUAUGGGUCAUUGGAGGAGCCUGAGAAGCGGUCUGCUGAUGAACAAUUUGAACACCGAAAGGAUUCUGAAUCGUCCAGAAGGCAUAAAAGGAGAACAAGUCGGAAAUCACAUUAUGAUGAGCAUAUGUACAGCACUGAUGAAGAAAAAUCCAUGCACAAGCAUAGCAGGAGAUACGAAAGCAUUCAUGAUCAUCCACGCAAUAGAGAGUCAUCACCACUUGGUCACAGUUUUGCACUGACCGAGAUGACUGAAGACUCGUCGUACUACGCUUCAGAUUCAACUCAAAAGGGCUCAGCUGAUGAAUAUAUAGGGCACAGACGGUCUGAACAUUCUGAAAAGCGAGGGCGGACAACAAGCAAAGUGGGCUCACCUUAUUAUGGCAGCGAUGAAGAUGACCGGCACAGACACCAUCAUAGACCUAAGGGUAGUGGUGACCAUAGACAGCGAAGAAAACAGUGAAAAGGGGUCUGAUGCUGUAGAAGAUUUGAACUCACUCUUGCAGGGUAUGAGGGAUUCAUUAUCCUCUACAUGAUGCUUAUUGUUCAGUUUGCCAUUUACAUGGACUACGGAGCUCUAAGCUGACUGUGAACCCAAAUGCGGUAGAUCAACAGUUUCAGUCCGUUUACCAGCUUUAGUAGAAAGCCGCUUAAAUUCUUCAGAGAAAACGUGGGCUAGUUGUUGGAGAGGGAAUCCAUGGCUUGGUGGGAUGAGGAAUACUUCAAGAUAAUGAAGAUAUGUCAGAAGUAAUGCGGGUGGUCGAGAUGUGCUUGUUGUCGAUGUGUUGAUAGAUCAACUUAAUGUCCGGAGAUUUUCAAAAGCGAGAAACAUCAUAUACUUCAAUGAAAAAAAAAAGUGGAUAUUACGAGAAACUCAA